CAAUUUGUUCUCAUCGAGAGAGAGAGAGAGAGAGAGAGAGAGAGAGAGAGAGAGAGAGAGAGAGAGAGAGAGAGAGAGGUAUUCCUUUUUUUUUUUUUUUUUUUUUUGGUUGAGAAUCGGAUUGGUUCUGGGUCGUCGUCCGAAUGGCUCUUCUUACCUUGAAGCGCAGCGGCGGCAGCAGGGGCGCAAUUGGGAUUAGUAUUUACGCCGCCGCCGCCGCUCGAGAUGGGAAUGUAAUAAUGAAUAAUUGGAUCCGAUCACUUGCAGGACGUGUAAAUCAAUCAUCAUCUCCCUCCACCCCCUCCUCCUUCUCCUCGUUCUCCUCCUCCUCCUCCUCCUCCUCACACUCAUCGUCAUCAUUAUCCACAACCCUAUCUUCAUCAUGUCCAUCACUGCAAUCGUCGUCGUCGUCCUUGUCAUCAUCACCGUCGUCAUUACGAGCAUCUGCCACGUGGAAGGUGGAAUCACGGUCCGUUCAUCUAGUCGCGAUCAAUGACGUGGCAGCGGCGAAUCCAUUCACGUCGUCGUCAUUAUCUACAGCCUUAUCCUCGUCACCAUCAUUGCCAUUUUGGAAUGAAUCGUCGGGAAAGGGCGUGGGAGAAGCGAAUGGGCAAUUACUAGUAUUACCUGUCGGUGAAAAAAGGUGCGGCGAUCACGUCAGCAAGAGCCACGUGGGGGACUGCAAUCGUGCGCGGAGCUACCACGUGUCACCAUUUUUGCCAUCGUCGGUGUUGAAGAUGAUGAUGGCGACGAGAAGGGACAGGGGAAGGCGGCGGGAAAUCAGAAUGAACACGAACAAACCGGACCUCGUAACGGUCGCUCGGCGCGCAUUGCGCGCUCAAUAUCCGCGUCCGAUUACUGUUGAUAAAGAAAAGCAGCAGCCAGUCCUGAUGGAGUUCACUUCCCCUCCCCCUCCUCCUCCUCCUCCUCCUCCUCCUCCUUUUCCUCCUCCACCUGCUCCUUCUCCUUCUUCUCCUCCUCCUCCUCCUGCCGAUUGUACUUGGUCGUCGAGUUGUCUUGUUGGUCAUGUUUCAGCGAGCGGAAUGAUGAAGACCCCGGCGCCGAUGCCGACGACGACGGCGAGGGGGAGGAGGGAGGGGGGGGGGAGGAGGAGGAGGAGAAGGAUUUCCUCUGGCAGAUCAUGGGCUGGGCCACCCAUAUUCUCAUCGCCGUCGAUCUCUUUGCCAGAUCAUCUUCGCGAUCUCCGCACUGUCCAGCCGUCUUUUUUUUCCCGCCUUUUUCGUUCCACCCGAGUAGGCGGUGACGUCAACGUAAUUUCGCUCGUUGGGGGUUUCCUCAGUCCCCGCCGUUUUUCCACUUUGGCCACGAGGAAAGACGGUGACGUCAACGUAAUUUCGCGAUCGAAGAAGACGGCAAGCCAGAGAGUCAAGCGGACGGCGAUGGCGAAAAUAGCGGCAAACGUGAAAGAAGCAAGCGGAAGAGGAGGAAGUGGAGGAGGAGGAGGAGGAGGAGGAGCAGGAGGAGGUGGUAGUGGUAGUGGUAUGUCGAAGAAGAGGGAAACGACGAAGCGAUGGACAGAGAAGGCAGGGGGUAAAGGAGGAGGAGGAGGAAGAGAAGGAGGUAUUCCGAGGAAGAGGGACAUUCCGAUACGGUUGGCAGAUAAAGCAGGGGGCGGAGAAAGAGGAGCAGCAGCAGCAGGAGGAGGAGGAGGAGGAGGAGGAGGAGGUGGAGGAGGAGGGGGUAUUUCGAAAGACAACAAUGAGACGGUGAUGGUGGGAGAAGAUGAAGGAGGAAACGACUUUGUGAUUUCUCUCGAUAAUAUACUUGAGAGAAUUAAGAAAAAACGUGAGCGUCAACCAAUAGAGCGAUUUUGGACAGGAGAACGCGUUGCGACCUCAGUGGAGGAGAUGUGGAGUGAGAGGAAGCGUGGAGGAGGAGGAGGAGGAGGAGGAGGAGGAGGAGGAAGUAGGCACCAGCAGACAAGUGGGAAAGCACUAGGCGAGCAGCUGCUGCUGCCACGUGGUGUAUGCGAGGUUUGGGAGCAUGACUCCUUCUCCUCCUCCUCCUCCUCCUCCUCUAUCGAUCGCCCCCCUUCUUCCGAACGACCUAGAGGGGACACAAUUUCUGUUGACGACAACAGUAAUGCGCUCUCCCGCCGUUUACGCAUGGGCGGAUCAAGGAACGGCGGUGCAGCGCUCUCUCUCGCGGCAAGGCCGCGGAACGAUGCGCUCUCUCUCGCGGUAAGGCCGCGGAACGAUGACUAUCUUUGGCGCGGUGAUGGAGAAUGGGAGAGAGAGGCGAUCGGGGGACGAAAGAAGGUAGAGGAGAAGAAGAACGAGAAGCGAGAGGAGGAGAAGGAGGAGGAGAAGGAGGAGGAGAAGGAGGAGGAGGAGGAGGGUGAGCGGGAGGGGAGGAGCAUGCGAAUUACCAAGGACAUGAAGAAACUACUAAGUAGUAUCGGUGUCACAACCACAGAGGAGGUGGCCUUCAUUGCGCGUAAUUCCCCUGUAGUCGGCUUUCGCGACCGAAUUCAGUGCCUCGUCAACAUCGGUGUAGAAGGCAAGGAGCUUGCUAAUAUGAUCAGGAAUUAUCCGCAGUUGCUAUUUGUCAGCACAGCGAAGAUGAGGGCACUGGCGAAUUUCUUACGGUACAUGGGAUUAGAGAAGGAGGAGGUUGGGAGCGCCCUGAUGCGAUACCCACGUCUUUUGAAGCACGACGUUGGGACUAGCCUGCAGCCCGUUGCCAACAAGUUGAUACGUGUCUGCCAAUUAAGGAAAGAGCGACGAUUCAUAAACAUGUUCUUGAGGUUCCCUGAGGUGCUGUGCCUUCGCUGGGACAGUAACAUCCGUCCAAAGAUUGAGUUCUUGAAGAGCAUAAAGGCAGAUCUGCAGCUACUCAUUUCACGACAUCCCCAGGUGCUGAUCCUGAACCUGGACAAGCAUAUGCUUCCCGUCGCGAGGUUCUUGGACAACAUCGGCGUGUGGGACGAAGAGCUGGGAAAGCUGGUGACGAAAUGUCCGGAGAUCUUCGGCUAUAGCGUGGAGAAUCAGUUGGAGGUGGCCUUCACGCACCUGCGUUUGCUGGGACUUCGGCCGGGGCAGAUUGCGCUGAUGGCGACCAGAUUUCCGCAGCUACUUACGUUGAACGUGGACAAGAUCCUGAGACCGAAGUCAGAGUAUUUUACGCAGGUGAUGAAAGAGCCUGUGGAAACUCUAGUGGGGUACCCACACUACUUCAAUUGCAGUCUUGAGGGGCGAAUUAAGCCGCGGUUUGAGAAAUUGAAAGAGAUGGGUGUGAACACGAGCGUAAAGAGGAUGCUUCGACCAACAGACGAGGGCUUUGAGAUUGUGUUCCUGGGCAAACUGGGAAGGAAAUGGGGAGAGCCGGCACCCAAGAAGAAACGACCCAGGAAGCCCCGGUGGCCGGGGCAAAAUCCAGAACUGUAUGGCGUAAAACCCAAGCAACAAAGCGACCAGUCCUCGCAGCCAGGAACCGGAGAAGAAGCAGAUCAUGCAGUCACAGACGUUCGCUCCUCAAAUAAGGCGGAGCUCACACUACGCAGCGCAUGAUACCCAGACUUGCAGUUACUCUUUCAUCAAAAUAUAUGCCAUUCUGCGCAAAACAUCAAGGCAAAGUGACACUC